AUGGCUAUAGUGAGAGUUGCGUUGGUGAUGGCUAUAGUGAGAGUUGCGUUGGUGAUGGCUAUAGUGAGAGUUGCGUUGGUGAUGGCUAUAGUGAGAGUUGCGUUGGUGAUGCCUAUAGUGAGAGUUGCGUUGGUGAUGGCUAUAGUGAGAGUUGCGUUGGUGAUGGCUAUAGUGAGAGUUGCGUUGGUGAUGGCUAUAGUGAGAGUUGCGUUGGUGAUGGCUAUAGUGAGAGUUGCGUUGGUGAUGGCUAUAGUGAGAGUUGCGUUGGUGAUGGCUAUAGUGAGAGUUGCGUUGGUGAUGCCUAUAGUGAGAGUUGCGUUGGUGAUGGCUAUAGUGAGAGUUGCGUUGGUGAUGGCUAUAGUGAGAGUUGCAUUGGUGAUCGCUAUAGUGAGAGUUGCGUUGGUGAUGGCUAUAGUGAGAGUUGCGUUGGUAAUCGCUAUAGUGAGAGUUCCAAUUAAAGGGAAGCUACUCAUCUAA